AUGAGAAGAGCAAGUGAUGUGAGAAAGAACCGCAAGGGAAUUGGUAAGGAGAAGAAAGGUUCCCGUGCGGGAAACAAAGGUGAUGAGAAGCCGAAAUCAAAAUUAAAUGGUACUGAACCCCAGAAUAAUAGAAACCAGAGCAAUGGAAAUAAGGUCGAUGGUGAUGUUGCCAUGGAAAAAGCGGAUGAUGCUAACGAAAAAAAGGAUCCAGAAUAUGAUUCAAUAACCCACACAAAUACUCCAAAGGGACUACAAACUUACACAUCACGUCCAAUCUACGAAGUUUCCGAUGACGAUGAUCUUCGUAACGACAGCUACUUCCCACAGCCCAAACGCCACAAGUCUCUGCGAAUUGUUUUAUACAAACCCAAUGCCACAGCCGACGAAGGAGGAAGUGAAUAUCCUAUUUAUGAAUCCAAUUCUAGAGACGAUGAAGUUAUCAGCAUUCCAAAUAUACUGCAUACCGAAAGAAUCGGAGCAGUACAAGAGGAUUGCAGCACCCUCUCUUUUAAAGUUAACUCACAAAAUGUGGAUUGGGUUCUCACGGAAAGUUUCUUGUACUCAAAUGCCACAAGUUACUUCCAGUUGCCUGAUCCUAACAAAGAAUUAAUGGAGGAAAAUGUGAGAAUUAGAGAAAAAAAGACACAAACUGUGAAAGACAAAAAGAAACAGACGAUCAGCAGAAAAGAGCCAACUGAAGACAAAAGGAGACCAGCCAAUAAAGAUAAGAAAUGUGGGCAAAUUUCUCAAAAAGAGCCGAGUAGCAGUAUAAAGAGGCCAGCCAAUAAUGAUAAAGAUGAAAUGAUUCCCGAAGAUGUGCCAAUCAGAAGUUUAAAGAGACCAACCAAUAACCCUGAGGAUAAAAAUGGUAUGGUUUCUAAGGAGGCUCCAAAACCAUCAUCGAAGAAAAAUACUGCCACCAUGAACCUUUCACAAUUAAUUAAAGGAUCUGGAAUCCCUUUGUUCAAACUUACACCACACCAAUUCUCACUAAUCAUUAUGAGGUUCUGCUUCUGCUCAUACAAUGAUUAUUCCAAUUUCUCUCAGUUUCCUGAUAUUUUUCAGGAUAUGAAGUUGACAACUCAAUUCUUACUGAAAGUGAUUGCUCAUUCAGUAGAAAAAUUUGAUUAUAUUGAUCAUGACGAUUUGCAAGAUUAUGUUCACACUAUUUCUGGUGAUAAUAAGAAGGAGGAAUCUCAGAUUGACUUAAGAUGUUUUGUUCUCUUAAGUCUCAGUAUACAUGCUCUACAAACUGAGGUGAUUGAUAUUCCAAGUAAACCAUACCGGGGAAGGCUACUAGUCUACAUAUAUUCCCUCUUUAGGCAACUAAAACAAAAGUUAAUAUUAUUAUACCGCAUUAAUAAGCAGGUAGUUCCAUCAAAACAGUGCACACUAAUGUUUCAGGCGUUAUUGGUCGGGUUGGAAUUCCAAGUAUUUUAUUUUGAAACUCAUUGCACCAUUAUCGAAACUGAAAUACAAAAAAAUUAUGAUCCCAGCAAAACCCAGAAAACAAACCAUGAACUAAGAAGAAAGAAUGAGCUUGCCAAUCGUGCCUUUGACUUAGGAGAGCUAACGGCCAUGACAAUUGCGGGGCAGUAUUAUCGAGGAAUCGAGCAUCAUGGAUACUUUUUGGAAAAGAGUUACUUUAGGCUUCAAUUUUUGGAUUUGUUAGUUUCAUGCUUAUCAUCUAGUCCAUUAACAAUUUCUUGGCCUGGUUUAGUGUUACCAAGUUCAGAACUCUCGGAAUUUGCUCCUGAAAAUAUCAGAAAGAAUAUUUUGCAAAAUGAGGGUGAUCAGUCACUCACCUUUCAAAACGACCAGUUGGUUUAUUAUGUACCAUUAGUUCGGAAAAUAGUGACAACAACUAUUUUUGGUGAUUCUUCAUGCAAGGAUUCGGAGUUAAAGUCCUUACAUGGAUUGGAAAAAGAAAAACUCAGAAUUUUAAAGUCAUUGGGCACAUUAUUGCUAAAUUUUAAUAAGAAGCUGCUGGCAGGAGACUCUGAGUUAUCGGUAGCCCAUGGAAUAUUACAUUAUGAAAUGAGAGUUGUGAUGCAUGAGAUAUUGACAAUUACAAUCAUUCAAAUGUCACUUGAUGCCAAGGAUUUUGAAAAAUCGUAUAAACGUGAUCUCCGCUUCCUUAAAGGAUUGACAAUUCUCAUUAAAACUUUGGAAUUUUGGUUCUGGCUUGGUGAGAAUGAUGUGUUACGUGAGGAAGAAGUGGGAAUCGUGGCUGAUGGGAUUAUAUGUCUAGUAAACAUAUGGGGAGAUUUGAGAAUCAUGGAGUUAUUGGAAAUAUAUUUCGCUCUGAAUACCGUUAGUCUAUGUGGAGACAGCCAAAAGCCAAUAUAUAAACGGAAAAAGUCUACAUUCAAUGAUCUUGAUAGGAAGAUGAAGGCCAUCGAUUCAGAAAUUAAGACAAAGAAAUAUUACAGCGUCAUAGAAAUUUUAUCAGGAGAAUUAGAUAAAAUGUUGAAGAUUAGUGAUAUGGCGAUGAAUAAUGGGAAAUUGGCUUGUUUUCUCAAGGUAGAGAAAGCUGGGAUCGAUUUGCUGAAGCUGCUUACCAUUUUUCGGACCUUGGCAGCCGUGCUCCUGAAACCGAUAGGAAAAGUUAAAAGCCCAAAAGAGAUUUGA